AUGAUUAAUAUAAAGUACCUUAUAAAUAGGGUACUUUUAGGAGGCGAUCGAUUUUUUUCCUUAAAAGUAUCAGGUGCAAAGUUGUCUACGAUACCUGGUUUCGUGGACAAAAAUACAAGAGUUAUCUGUCAAGGUAUUACAGGCAAACAGGGCUCAUUUCAUACGGAGCAGUGUAUAUUAUAUGGUACGCAAAUAGUCGGUGGUGUUGCUCCGAAUAGAGGAGGUCAAAUUUGGAGUGGUUCUGAAAAUAAAUUUUCAAUUCCCAUUUUCAAUACAUUGAAAGAAGCAAAAAGUGUUACAAAAGCAACAGCUACAACAAUAUAUGUUCCACCUAAGAAUGCUACACAGGCAAUAAUGGAUGCUAUAGAGGCUGAAAUAGAGAUAAUAGUUUGUAUUACAGAAGGUAUACCAGUUCAUGAUAUGAUAUAUGUAAAAAAAGCACUUGAAUAUUAUAAAAAAUCAACAUUAAUUGGCCCAAAUUGUCCGGGUUUAAUUCGUGUUGGACAAGCAAAAUUAGGUAUAAUGCCAGCCUCUAUUCACAAGCCUGGAGAGAUAGCCAUUGUUAGCAGAUCCGGGACUUUAACUUAUGAAGCUGUAUGGCAAGUAAGCCAAUGUGGACUAGGUCAAUCAACAUGCAUUGGUAUUGGUGGUGAUUCUUUAAAUGGUACAUCAUUCAUUGAUGUCCUAUCUAACUUCCUUUCUGAUGAACAAACAAAGGGAAUUGUGCUUAUUGGCGAGAUAGGAGGGAAUGCAGAGGAAGAGGCAGCAGAUUGGCUUUUAAAAAAUAAUUUUGAUGAGAAAGGUCAAUGCAAAAAACCAAUUGUGGCGUUUAUUGCUGGAAGUACUGCUCCACCAAAUAGGAGAAUGGGACAUGCAGGUGCAAUUAUCAGUGGUGGGAAAGGAGGAACAGCAAGUAAAAUAGGAGCAUUAGAAAAUGCAGGAGUUAGAGUAGUCAAAAAUCCCUCUGCAAUAGGUUACGAAAUUUCCACAAUAAUGUCAAAUAGAAUACCUGCAACUUGA